AUGGACGAUACAGUGCUUGAUGAUAUCAUUCGGAAGCUUGUAUCAGCGAAGAACGGUAGAACGACGAAGCAAGUGAAUCUUACGGAGGCUGAUAUUCGUCAGCUUUGUACUUCCGCGAAGGAGAUUUUUCUCAGUCAACCUAAUCUUCUUGAGCUUGAAGCUCCUAUCAAAAUCUGUGGAGACGUCCACGGCCAGUAUUCAGAUCUUUUAAGACUGUUUGAAUAUGGGGGAUACCCACCUGAAGCCAAUUAUUUAUUUCUUGGUGAUUAUGUUGAUCGUGGUAAGCAGAGCAUAGAGACAAUAUGCUUACUCCUUGCAUACAAAAUCAAAUACAAGGAAAACUUCUUUCUACUCAGGGGUAACCAUGAAUGUGCCUCCAUCAAUCGCAUAUAUGGUUUCUAUGAUGAGUGCAAGAGGAGGUUCAAUGUCCGCCUCUGGAAGACAUUUACUGAUUGUUUUAACUGUUUACCGGUUGCUGCUCUAGUUGAUGAGAAGAUCCUUUGUAUGCAUGGUGGUCUCUCUCCCGAACUUAAAAACUUAGAUCAGAUACGGAAUAUUGCUCGCCCUAUUGAUGUGCCAGAUCAUGGCCUUCUCUGUGACCUUCUGUGGGCUGAUCCCGAUAAAGAUCUUGAGGGAUGGGGAGAAAAUGAUCGAGGCGUGUCAUUCACAUUUGGGGCUGAUAAGGUUGCUGAGUUUCUUGAGCACCAUGAUCUUGAUCUGAUUUGUAGAGCUCACCAGGUUGUAGAAGAUGGAUAUGAGUUUUUUGCCAAACGUAAGCUGGUGACUAUAUUCUCUGCACCAAAUUACUGUGGUGAGUUUGAUAACGCCGGUGCUAUGAUGAGUGUGGAUGACACAUUGACAUGCUCUUUCCAGAUACUCAAGUCUUCCGAUAAGAAGGGGAAAGGCGGGUUUGGCAAUAACACAUCAAGACCUGGUACUCCACCUCAUAAGGGUGGGAAGGCUUAA